UCUAUUUAAUACUAAAAAAAAAAAUCAAAAUCUCCAACUCACUACGCUCCCCCAACAAUUAAAUUUGAAAAUUUCAUUUUGGUCCCCAAGAUGACAGACUCGGAGAGCACAAUCGCACCCCUAACCCCAGAAAUGGAAUCCGAGUGCCAAGACCAAGACCAAAACCACGAACAACAACAACCAAACCCAACCAAAAAGCCAACCAACAAUGGCAACACCACCACCACCACCACCACCACCACCAACACCAAUACCAAUACCUUAGCGUUCAGCAUAUGGCCGCCGACGCAGCGCACGCGCGACGCCGUGGUGUCGCGCCUCGUCGAGACGCUCUCCAAGCAGUCCAUUCUCUCCAAGCGCUACGGCACCUUGCCGAGCGACGAGGCCUCCUCCGCCGCGCGCCUCAUCGAGGAGGAGGCUUUCUCCACCGCCGCCGCCUCCGCUUCCGCCGAGGACGACGGCAUCGAGAUCCUCCAGGUGUACUCUCGCGAGAUCAGCCGCCGAAUGCUCGACACCGUUAAGGCUCGCGCCUCCUCCGCUGCCGCCUCUUCUGUCGUCGACGCCGGAACUGCGCCGCAGACUCCGUCUCUCGAGGCCGCUUCCGCCACCGCUGCCAGUGAGGAUAACUCUCCUACCGUCACUGAAUCUUAAUCUCUCUCUAGGAUUUAGCUUUUCUGGUAUGCUAGGGUUUCUGUUUCAUUCGGAAUAGUAUUAUAAGCUACAUUGAGAUCUGUUUGUACUAUUUAUGCAUUUUCUGUUCCUUAUAUUAUGAUUAUGAUGAUGAUGAUGUUGUAGCCAUUAUUAUAUUAAUAUCUGGACUAUUUUUCUUUGUGAAAUAAUCGUAAUGCAGUUCAAUUUCUCUGUU